CAAACUUUUCGUUACCUUGCGUAACUUUCGUAACUACCUCGUCGUAUACCCAAAGAUGGCGAAACAAUCGCGCCUAAGCUUCCCUGACAGUCUACGUGUACUCGUGCACACGAUAUCUUUCGCUCUUUCGUCUUACUUAUCCUUAUCGGUUUACUUAGCUUUGUUAUCGAGCACAAUCACAAAACGCGGCUAGGAAAUUUACUCGAGUUACGUUAUCGAGAACUGUUGCGAUAGUUGGUUCGUAAUUCACCAAGUACUUGGUCGCGUCUUUCUUCUUCGUUCCUAGUGACAAAUUGCUAGUGACUUUUUUCCAUUUACACCGCGCCGAGAAAUUGGCAACGCUUUCGCGAGUUUUCGAUUAGUUAUCCAUAUACUCGUCGACGAAUAAACGCCAACAUUCUAGAUGGAAAUCUGCAUCGACUGCCUGGAAUCGGCGAGAAACGCGAUCGAGGGUGGUGCAUCGAGGCUCGAAGUUUGCGCUGCUCUGUCAGAGGGUGGUUUGACCCCCACUCCGGGUUUCCUGAAAAAGAUUAAAAACUUGUCGCCCGUACCCGUCUACGCGAUGCUUCGAUUACGCGCCGGUGACUUCGUGUACGCUAAAGAGGAGAUGGACGUGAUGCUACAAGAUCUGAAAAUCCUCAAGGAUCAUGGCGCGGAUGGUUUCGCGUUUGGCGCGUUGACGUCGAACAGCGAAAUCAACGUCGAAUACUGUAAAGACGUUCUUUCAGCCGCUAACCCUUUGCCGGUUACCUUCCACCGAGCAUUCGACGAAGUCGAUAAUCCUCUGAAAUCUUUGGAGACCUUGGUAGAACUCGGUUUCGAAAGAAUUCUAACUUCCGGUCAAAGGGACACGGCCGAAGAAGGCCUGGAGUUGAUAGGGUGCCUGGUCCGAGAAGCUCGCAGAAGAAUCGUUGUCAUGCCAGGUUCUGGAAUCACCAAGGACAAUAUUCUGAAGGUGAAGACUGUGUCCGGAGCGAAGGAAUUUCACGCGUCUGCCAAGAAAAAGACGAUGGUUUCCGGUGGAACGAAUAAGGUUAAAAUCGGUUCCAGUAAGACGACUUGUAUUAUGGUGACGGACAGCGCACUAGUCCGAGAAAUGGUUCAAAUUUUAUCGAACUGAUCUAGACGCCACGCACGCGCUUAUGUUUGAAUCGGAAGAUGAUCGCCUUGAAGUCGCGAACCUGUUUCUCAACUACCAGCUUUACGAUGUUAAUUAUUUAACACCUCCGAUGUUUUUGCGAUACGACAGUUUUAAAUCUGUACGCUAGUAUUUUUCAAUAUUUCAAUAAUAAAGAGCCUUAAUUAUAACACGAAAUCUACGACGACUUUCCUA